AGGUACCCCCGCGGCGGCGGCGGCGGCGGCGGCGUCUCUAGAGCCGGAAGGUAAACGGCCUGUGCUGCCGGCGGCCGGGCGCCUCCGGGGUCAUGUCGGCCCAGGGUGACUGCGAGUUCCUGGUGCAGCGAGCCCGGGAGCUGGUGCAGCAGGACCUGUGGGCAGCCAAAGCGUGGCUCAUCACGGCCCGCAGCCUCUACCCCGCCGACUUCAACAUCCAGUACGAGAUGUACACCAUUGAGCGGAACGCCGAGAGGACUGCCACCGCCGGGAGAUUGCUCUACGACAUGUUUGUGAAUUUCCCUGACCAGCCAGUGGUAUGGAGAGAAAUCAGCAUUAUUACAUCAGCACUGAGGAACGAUUCACAGGAUAAACAAACCCAAUUUUUAAGAAGUUUAUUUGAAACUCUCCCUGGUCGAGUACAGUGCGAAAUGUUACUAAAGGUUACGGAACAAUGCUUCAACACAUUGGAACGAUCAGAAAUGUUGCUUCUACUUUUGAGACGCUUCCCUGAAACAGUGGUGCAGCAUGGGGUGGGCCUUGGGGAAGCAUUAUUAGAGGCUGAAACUAUUGAAGAACAAGAAUCUCCUGUUAACUGCUUUAGAAAAUUAUUUGUUUGUGAUGUCCUUCCUCUAAUAAUUAACAACCAUGAUGUUCGAUUGCCUGCCAAUUUAUUAUAUAAGUACUUAAACAAAGCAGCUGAAUUUUAUAUCAAUUAUGUCACUAGGUCUACUCAAAUAGAGAGUCAGCAUCAAGGUACCCAGGAAGCAUCUGAUUUAAUGUCACCUAGCAAACGGAGCUCUCAGAAGUAUAUAAUAGAAGGGCUGACUGAAAAAUCGUCCCAGAUUGUGGACCCUUGGGAGAGGUUGUUUAAGAUUUUAAAUGUUGUUGGAAUGCGAUGUGAAUGGCAGAUGGACAAAGGAAGACGAAGCUAUGGUGAUAUUUUACACAGAAUGAAGGAUCUCUGCAGAUACAUGAACAAUUUUGAUAACGAAGCUCAUGCAAAGUAUAAAAACCAAGUGGUUUAUUCCACUAUGUUGGUCUUCUUUAAGAAUGCAUUCCAGUAUGUCAACAGCAUACAACCAUCUCUAUUCCAAGGUCCUAAUGCCCCAAGCCAAGUGCCACUGGUUCUUCUUGAGGAUGUGUCAAAUGUGUAUGGUGAUGUAGAAAUUGAUCGUAACAAACAUAUACAUAAAAAGAGGAAACUAGCUGAGGGAAGAGAGAAAACCAUGCAGAGUUCAGACGACGAAGACUGUUCGGCAAAAGGCAGGAAUCGUCACAUCAUAGUCAAUAAAGCUGAGCUUGCUAACUCCAUCGAAGUGCUGGAUAGCUUUAAGCUAGCCAGGGAGAGCUGGGAGUUGCUCUACUCCCUGGAAUUCCUUGACAAGGAAUUUACAAGAAUUUGUUUGGCAUGGAAGACAGAUACUUGGCUUUGGUUAAGAAUCUUCCUCACCGAUAUGAUCAUCUAUCAGGGUCAAUAUAAAAAAGCAAUAGCCAGCCUGCAUCAUUUAGCAGCUCUCCAGGGAUCACUUCCUCAGCCACAGAUCACAGGACAGGGAACACUGGAGCAUCAGAGGGCACUCAUCCAGCUAGCAACUUGCCACUUUGCUCUAGGGGAGUACAGAAUGACAUGUGAAAAAGUCCUUGAUUUGAUGUGCUACAUGGUACUCCCCAUUCAAGAUGGAAGCAAAUCACAAGAAGAACCCUCAAAAAUAAAGCCCAAAUUUAGAAAAGGUUCAGAUCUGAAGCUGCUGCCUUGUACCAGCAAGGCUAUCAUGCCGUACUGCCUGCACUUAAUGCUGGCUUGUUUUAAGCUCCGAGCUUUCACAGACAGCAGGGACGACAUGGCCCUGGGGCAUGUGAUUGUCUUGCUUCAGCAAGAGUGGCCGCGGGGAGAGAAUCUUUUCUUGAAAGCCGUCAAUAAGAUUUGCCAACAAGGAAAUUUUCAAUAUGAGAAUUUUUUCAAUUAUGUUACAAAUAUCGAUAUGCUGGAGGAAUUCGCCUACUUAAGAACUCAGGAAGGUGGGAAAAUUCAUCUGGAAUUGCUACCCAAUCAAGGAAUGCUGAUCAAGCCUUCUAGCCCUCCCAUGGGGUUACUGCAGCAGGAAUUCUUACCUGUGCUUCAGCCCAGCAUACAGACUGCUGACAGGCACCACACAGUCACUCGGGGCAUCACCAAAGGCGUGAAGGAGGACUUCCGCCUGGCCAUGGAGCGCCAGGUGUCCCGCUGUGGUGAGAACUUGAUGGUGGUCCUGCACAGGUUCUGCAUCAACGAGAAGAUCCUGCUCCUGCAGACGCUGGCCUGACCGGAGCCCUUGCCACCAGAGGAAAGGCCCAGGGCCCUGGCACCUCUUUAUGAAGACAUACAGCAUCCAUAGAUGCCCUUAUGAUGCUUAGAAGAAAACCUCUGAGUUCUAAUUCCUUAGUGGCUUCAGAGUAGUUCCCAAGAGUCUGAGAAGCUAUUUCUAUUUUUAAGAGUUGUUUUUUGUAAUUUUUGUAAAACAAAACAAUCUCUUUUGUAAAUAAAAAUCAUCCUAAGUUUGGGUCUUUUUAAAAUGUA